UCUGCCAUUCCUCUACAACCAUGAUCCUGCACUUGAUAUAUGACAGCUUUGAUUUUAAAAGCUGGAUCAUUUUCCUUUUUGUAUUUCUGCUCCUUGUAAAUAUGAUCAAAAACAAGAAUCCUUCCAAUUUCCCGCCAGGACCCUGGCCUCUGCCAUUCCUGGGAACUGUCUUCACUAAGAUGGAUUUUAGGACCAUGGCUAAGUUGGCUGAAGUCUAUGGGAAGGUGUUCAGCUUAAGAGUGGGCAGUGAGAAAAUGGUAAUCAUAUCUGGAUAUAAAAUGGUAAAGGAGUCCCUCAUUACUCAGACUGACAGUUUUGUUGAGCGUCCAAAUGUCCCUCUGUUUCACAAAGUUUUCAAGGCAAUUGGUAUAUCAAUGAGUAAUGGAUACCUGUGGCGGUCGCAUAGGAAGUUCACUGCCUUCCAUUUGCGGAUGUUUGGAGAGGGGAAGAAAAGCCUUGAGCACAGGAUCCAGGAAGAGUGUGUCUUCCUUUGUGAUGCCUUUAAGACAGAAAAGGGACCUUUCAACCCUUUGGCUAUCUUAAACGGUGCUGUCUCAAAUACGGUUGCUUCUUUGAUAUUUGGUCAACGCUUUGAGUAUCAUGAUGAAUGCUACCAAAGUAUCCUGCGUCUUGACACUGAAUGCGUUCAGUUAAUGGGCUCUCCUAGAGCACAGCUGUACAAUGUGUUUCCUCGGCUAUUGGAAUAUUUACCUGGCCCCCACCAGACAAUUUUUUCCAACUAUAAGAAGAUCACAAAUUUCCUGAGAGGAGAAAUCAUUAAACACAGAGAGGACUGGGACUCUUCAAACCCCCGUGACUUAAUAGACAAUUAUCUGACUGAGAUGGAAAAGAAAAAGAGUGACCCCCAGGCUGGUUUUAACAUAGAAGGGUUAGUGAUAACUUGCCUGGAUGUGAUUGAGGCCGGGACAGAGACCACUGCUACUACAUUACGCUGGGGUCUUCUUUUUAUGAUCAAAUAUCCAGAAACACAGAGAAAGGUCCAGGAAGAGAUAGACAGGGUGAUUGGACUGUCGCGUCAACCCUGUUUGGCUGACAGAGUUAAUAUGCCCUACACUGAUGCUGUAAUCCAUGAGAUGCAAAGACUUGGAGAUGUUGUUCCAAUGGGAUUCCCUAAAAAAGCUGUUAAAGACACAACACUAGGAGGAUACUUCAUUCCAAAGGGCACUGCUGUUUCAACAAUCCUGUCUUCAGUCCUGCAUGACCCAAACGAAUGGGAGACACCAGACACCUUUAACCCAGGACACUUCCUGACUGAAAAUGGCCAGUUUCGGAAGAGAAAUGCCUUCAUGCCAUUUUCAUCAGGUAAGCGAGCGUGUGUGGGAGAGCAGCUGGCUCGUCAGGUGCUCUUCCUGUUUUUCACCUCCCUGCUGCAGCAAUUCACCAUCUCCAAAUGUCCAGGAGAGGAACCCAGUUUACUUGGCGAGAUAUGGUUCACAUAUGCUCCUGCUCCCUACCGUAUAUGUGUGUCCUCACGUUAGGACAAAA